CCGCUGCCUUUCAUAUCAUAUCCAAUACAUUCCCCAAAAUAAUAAUUCUAAAAAGAAAAGAAAAAAGAAAAAUCCCAAUGCGAAGAAAUGUAAACCCCAACGGCAAAAGUUCAGACUUCGCUCGUUAACCGUUGGCCAAGAAUGCGAGUCUUCCUCAUCCUCGGGUCCUCCUCCGCCUCCAUUGCCGGACCUCGCCACCACCGCCAUAGCCACUCCAAGCCUCCCAAAUCCUCGCUCUCCAACUUAUCCCCCACCGGAAAGCAUUCGCCGCUUUCUUCUCGUCCCUCCACUCUCCAUUCCCGCCCCCCUCUUCUGUCCUCCGUCCAAUGGGACAUUGCCGGCGCCUCAUCCGGCGGAAGGACUCCCCUCCGCCACUACGCCGACGUCGCAUCGAAGCUCGCCGAGCGCGGGAAGCUUGAGGAUUUUGCAAUGGUCGUGGAGAGUGUGGUCGUUGCUGGUGUCGAGCCCUCGCAUUUCACUGCGGUGUUGACUGUUGAGCUUGUGGCCACGGGGAUUUCGCGGUGUCUUAGAGAGGGAAAGCUUUGGACUGUUGUGCAGGUCUUGAGGAAAGUCGAGGAGCUUGGAAUUUCAGCUGUGGGGCUUUGUGAUAAAUCUGCUGUAGAGUCGCUGAAAAGAGACUGCCGCCGUCUUGCCAAGUCUGGGGAAUUAGAGGAGCUUGUUGAGUUCAUGGAGGUUCUUUCCGGUUUUGGUUUCUCAAUCAAAGAAUUGAUGAAGCCGUCCGAAGUAAUAAAACUGUGUGUUGACUGCCGUAAUCCAAAAAUGGCAAUUAGGUAUGCUAGCAUUUUACCACAUGCAGAUAUAUUGUUCUGUACAACUAUAAAUGAAUUUGGAAAGAAAAGGGACUUGAAAUCUGCUUUCAUGGCAUAUUCAGAAUCCAAGGCUAAUAUGAACGGUCCUAAUAUGUAUAUCUACCGCACAAUAAUUGAUGUCUGUGGUCUCUGUGGUGACUUCAAGAAAUCUAGGAACAUCUAUCAGGAUUUGAUCAGUCAGAAUGUCACCCCAAAUAUAUACGUUUUCAACAGUCUCAUGAAUGUAAAUGCCCAUGAUUUGAACUACACAUUUCAAUUAUACAAAAAUAUGCAGAAUCUUGGUGUACCAGCAGAUAUGGCCUCGUAUAAUAUCGUUCUCAAAGCCUGUUGUCUAGCAGGAAGAGUUGAUUUGGCCCAGGACGUUUACAGGGAAGUAAAGCAUUUGGAAACAACAGGUGUGUUGAAGUUGGAUGUCUUCACCUACAGCACAAUUGUAAAGGUUUUCGCAGAUGCGAAAUUGUGGAAAAUGGCCCUUAGAGUCAAAGAAGACAUGCAAUCAGCUGGAGUAUCUCCAAAUAUGGUGACCUGGUCUUCUUUGAUCAGUUCAUGUGCUAACUCAGGUCUUGUCGAGCUGGCAAUCCAAUUGUUUGAAGAGAUGAUUUUGUGUGGCUGUGAACCUAAUGCACAGUGUUGUAAUAUUCUUCUACACGCUUGUGUUGAAGCUCGCCAGUUCGAUAGGGCUUUUCGUCUUUUUCGCUCCUGGAGGGCAAAGGAAGUAUGGGAUGACAUGGAAAGAAAAAACAGCACAAAUAGUAAUUUGAAUGCGGAUCUAACAUCUCAACUUUGUACAACUAACAUGACUAAUGCCCCAUUUCAUGCACAUCAAAUCAACUUUGUUGGGGAUUUUGCUUUCAAGCCUACAAUUACAACCUAUAAUAUUCUAAUGAAGGCUUGUGGGACUGAUUACUACCAUGCCAAAGCUUUGAUGGAGGAGAUGAGAAGUGUUGGACUUACCCCCAAUCAUAUUAGCUGGUCAAUUUUGAUUGAUAUAUGCGGAGGAUCUCACGAUGUGGAAAGUGCUGUACAGAUCUUGACAACCAUGCGUAUGGCUGGAGUUGAUCCUGAUGUUGUUGCCUACACAACCGCUAUCAAGGUUUGUGUCGAAGGUAAAAACUGGAAGCUGGCAUUUUCAUUAUUUGAAGAAAUGAAAAGAUUUGAGAUACAACCAAAUUUAGUGACCUAUAGUACACUUCUGAGAGCUCGCAGUACUUAUGGUUCAUUACGCGAAGUACAGCAGUGCCUUGCUAUAUACCAGGACAUGAGGAAAUCAAGGUUCAAAUCCAAUGAUCAUUAUCUCAAGGAGUUGAUUGCAGAGUGGUGUGAAGGAGUUAUACAGAAUGACAGUCAGCAGCAAGGGGAGAUAAAUCCUUGCAAGAAAAUUGACAUUGGGAAACCACGAGGUUUAAUUCUUGAAAAAGUUGCAGAGCAUCUGCAGAAGAGUUUUACUGAAAGUCUUGCGAUUGACCUUCAGGAGCUCACAAAGGUUGAAGCUCGGAUCGUUGUUCUUGCGGUUUUGCGAAUGAUCAAGGAGAACUAUGCUUUAGGAGAAUCAGUAAAAGAUGAUAUCCUCAUCAUCUUAGAAGUCAGUAAAGUUGAAACAGAUUUGGUUCAACAGAACUUUGAGGUGAGAGAUGCAAUAACCAAACUCUUGCAAGAUGAAUUAGGGCUUGAAGUUCUUCCUGCAAGGCCUACUGUUGCUCUUCAUAAAGUGACAGAUUCAGAAAGCUCUAACAUGUCAAAUACAAAACUGAAAGGAAUUAUAGGAAGAAAUAAGUACUCCACUAGGAGACCUGCAGAUGUACAGAGGCUAAAAGUCACAAGGAAAUCAUUGCAACACUGGCUGCAAAGAAAUAGGUGACAGUAGAAGAUUGGUAUUUAAUACCUCAGAAUCAUUUUCUUUUUGUUAAUGAUAUAAUAAAAAUGUCCUAUCUUGUAAUUACUUUCAUUUUCAAAGCUGUACAAGUCAUGUUACUGUAUGAUCUGGUAUAAACUCAAAUUGAAUUACUUGAUCAUCAUUCAUUAAUGAAAGUAUAUACCUCUUAU